UUUGGGUGUUUUUUAUCCAGUCUCCUCAGGCUAAAUGUUCUAUUAAUUCUCUGGAUCUCGGCAAUGCAGAUGUGGAGGUGUUACCCUCUUGUCCCUUCUACGCUGUCUGGGAACUCUGAUUACUGUCUCCUCCUGCUCAAUAGCUGCCUAGCCAAGGUGGAUGGGUCCGAAGAACUAGCAUUGUUAAAGCCUUUUCUGGAGAAGUCUUAUAUUAAGAGGUCCUUUCGGAAUGGGGUUGGCUCAGGAAUUAAGAAAAAUUCCUAUCAAAGAGCCAAGUCAUAA